UCCACUUUCUCCCUCCUCCCGCUUGUCCUCCGUUUGCUGUUGCCACCACAGCGGCCGCUGCCGGGCGCCGAGUCUGUGGGUCGGUUGGUUUCUCUCAGUCUUGGUGUCGGUGCCGUUGAAUUCCCCGCCAUGGCUGAGCUAGAUCCGUUCGGCGCCCCCGCCGGCGGCCCCGCGCUGGGGAACGGGGUGGCGGGCGCGGGCGAGGAAGACCCGGCCGCGGCCUUCUUGGCGCAGCAGGAGAGCGAGAUUGCGGGCAUUGAGAACGACGAGGCCUUCGCGAUCCUGGACGGCGGCGCCCCGGGGCCCCAGCCGCAUGGCGAGCCGCCGGGGGGUCCGGAUGCUGUUGAUGGAGUAAUGAAUGGUGAAUACUACCAGGAGAGUAAUGGUCCGACAGACAACUAUGCAGCUAUUUCACAAGUGGACCGAUUGCAAUCAGAGCCUGAAAGUAUCCGUAAAUGGAGGGAAGAGCAGACGGAACGCUUGGAAGCCCUUGAUGCCAAUUCUCGGAAGCAAGAAGCAGAGUGGAAAGAAAAGGCAAUAAAGGAGCUAGAAGAGUGGUAUGCCAGACAGGAUGAGCAGCUACAGAAAACAAAAGCAAACAACAGGGUGGCAGAUGAAGCUUUCUACAAACAACCCUUCGCUGACGUGAUUGGUUAUGUCACAAACAUAAACCAUCCUUGCUACAGCCUAGAACAGGCAGCAGAAGAAGCCUUUGUAAACGACAUUGACGAGUCAUCCCCAGGCACAGAGUGGGAACGGGUGGCCCGGCUGUGUGACUUUAACCCCAAGUCCAGCAAGCAGGCCAAAGAUGUCUCUCGCAUGCGCUCAGUUCUCAUCUCCCUCAAGCAGGCCCCCCUGGUACACUGAAGAGCCACCUGUGGAAACACUACAUCUGCAAUAUCUUAAUCCUACUCAGUGAAGCUGUUCACAGUAAUUGGAUUGAUUAUGUUGAGUUCUUUUGGACCAAACCUUUUGUCUUUAGAGUUGAUCAUUGUUUGUGAUUGCAUGUUUCCUUCAACUGUGUUCUCCCUGGCAUUCAGAGAGGAGGGGGGAGGAGGAAGAGGAAGGGAGAGAAACCUCCCAACAGUAGCCUCAACCUGUGCUUUUGUGCAUUAUUCUGAGAAUAAAUUUCUGUUUCAAACAAUGUACAUAAA